AAGAAGAAGCCGCAGGUUCGAGCUUCAACAUGAGAACCAUUGAGGAUGCCGAGGACGAGAGCAACCUGAGGAAACCGUUCCUCCGCAGAGGGGUCUGGUACACAAUGCAGGAGAAGGGAUCGAGGGGGUCCAGCCUGUCCGGAGCAGCGCGGAUCCUGCGCAGCGGCUCCGGCUCCGUCUCCGUCUCCGUUCUCCUCUGUGUCCUGAUAGUCGCCUUAGGCCCAAUCCAGUUCGGAUUCGCUUGUGGAUAUUCAUCUCCUACGGAGGACGACAUAAUAAGCGACCUAGGCCUUUCGCUCUCGCAGUAUUCGAUAUUUGGCUCAUUGGUGAAUGUGGGAGCCAUGAUCGGGGCAAUCUUGAGCGGCCAUAUGGCGGAGUACAUCGGUCGGAAAGGGUCCCUGAUGAUCGCUGCAGUCCCUAACGUUAUAGGAUGGCUGGCAAUAUCAUUUGCCAAGGAUUCCCUUUUCUUAUACAUUGGAAGGUUGUUGGGGGGGUUUGGUGUGGGUGUUAUUUCUUAUGUGGUGCCGGUAUAUAUAGCUGAGAUAUCGCCUCAGAACAUGAGAGGAACCCUGGGAUCUGUGAAUCAGCUCUCGGUUACAAUGGGAGUUUUGUUGGCUUACCUUUUUGGACUAUUUGUCAGCUGGAGGAUCCUUGCUAUCUUGGGUUCUCUGCCAUGUCUAAUAUUGAUUCUUGGCUUAUUUUUCAUUCCAGAGUCUCCUCGAUGGUUGGCCAAAAUGAAUUUGAGAAAGGAAGUUGAAGCCUCUUUAAACGUCCUACGGGGAUUUGAUACUGAUAUUUCCCAUGAAGUAAAUGAAAUCAAGACAUCUGUUGCAUCAACAAGCGAAAGAACAAUGAUCAGGUUUGCAGAGCUCAAGCAGAAAAGAUAUUGGUUUCCUUUGAUGGUAGGUGUAGGACUACUUAUGCUCCGGCAACUCAGUGGCAUUAAUGGCGUUUUAUUCUAUUCCACCACAAUAUUUGAAAAUGCAGGUAUUUCUUCAAGUGAUGUAGCAACUGUUGGAGUCGGUGCUAUCCAGGUUCUUGCCACUGGGGCUCCCACUUGGCUCCCAGACAAAGCAGGCCGAAAGCUGCUUCUAAUAGUAUCCUCAUCCGCAAUGACUUUGAGCCUUCUUUUUGUGGCCAUAGCGUUCUAUAUGGAGAGUUCUGCUUCAGAAGACUCUAAACUGUACAGCAUAAUGGGGAUAUUGUCAGUCGUUGGGGUUGUGGCUCUUGUGGUUGCCUUCUCUGUGGGAAUGGGACCUGUUCCUUGGGUUAUCGUAUCUGAGAUUUUUCCGGCGAAUAUUAAGGGCCUCGCCGGCAGCAUGGCAACAUUGGCAAACUGGUCAACAACGUGGGCGAUCACGUUGACAGCAAACUUGCUGUUGGAUUGGAGCGCCGGAGGUACCUUCACAAUCUACGCAGUCGUAGCAGCUUGUACUGUUGUCUUUGUGAUACUCUUUGUCCCAGAAACAAAGGGAAGAACUCUGGAAGAGAUUCAGUCGUCGUUUGAGUGAUUCUUGCCUCCUGGUGUCACAUUGAUUUUUGCUGCUGUAUAAUCUAGUAGAGGUGUGGGAGCAUCAAAUUCCAUUGAUAACAACUCAGAAGCCCACCUCAAACCUCAUCAAUCAGCCAAGAACAUUUGAUAUCUAUUUAAAUAAAGGGAGAUCUAGGCCAUAACUUGACCCAAUGGAUCCAAUUAGAAGAAGGCCUCCGAGAUGAACUCUUAGAAAUUGAAGAAUGAAUGCCGCUUCAGCUGGGUUAAGACAGGAGGGUUAUUUAAUUUUUAAAAAGGUUUUCUAAUUUGAUUAAGCUUCCUAGUUAAAGCUGGUUUCCUAGUUUUUUUUUUUGGUCGAUAAGUUAGUUUCCUAGUUUGAGUGGUCUUCUAAAUUAAUGUUUAGUCCGUUUAAUUUUUCCUAGUCUAAGUCCAUCGAUAAAUAGGAGGAGCAUUCUCUAUUGUAAGCAUGCAGAUUUUGAUUUGACAAUAUAUAAGAAUUCAUCUCGAGUGAGUAGUUCCUUCGGCUC